GGGGAAUUAUCUUUAAAAAAAAACAGACUUUAUGUAGAAUGAAUAGGACUUUUAAGUUUUGGAAUGAGCUCUAUUUAAACUCGAUUCCUAUCUGAACGCGGUUACUCUAUUCAUUCGAACAGUGGGAGUGUAGUACGGAGUUCUUAGAGUAGAGGGAGUAAAGAAACGGAACUCAACUAACCUGUCCUAACCUACAAAAAAAAUUCAUUCAUAAAUUUUUUUUUUAUGAAUGGCCAAAACUAAAAACGUAAACAACAACAAUUUUUAAUAUUUUUAAUUUAAAUAAUAAUUAAUAUUUAAUAAUGUCAUUAACAGGUGUACAGUGUGAUAUCUUAUUAGAUAUUUUAGAUAAGAACAAUGUCAAAACGCAAACUCUAGAAGCCCUGGCCAAGGAUAUUUGUAAGAAAUUCGAUAUUUCAGACUAUUUCAAAGUGGGUACUUGCAUUGUUAUGCUACUACAAAACGACUUCCUACCAGACUCUGAACAAAGAUUAGCUGCCAUCACCUUAUUGUACGAAUUAUACAGGGGUGAACCUCUAGCCAAUACCCCUUUUGCUAGUGUUUUUAUUCAUCUUUUGUAUCCUCCUGAGCAACACAGUACCGUAGGAGUACCAUUAUUAGAAUACCCUGGACAACUACCAAGAUUAUCAAAUGCUGAAAAGUAUUUUGUAGUGCAACUGAUGUCAGAGGUUGCAAAAGAUGUUCUACUCAAGAAAACAGCUUCACAAAUUAUAAAUUCAGACUUUCCUACGCUGACCAAUAUGGAUUUUAGUGCCCUCCAGUUGGCACUGGCCGAAAAACAAUCCGAGCUUCCACAAAUUAGUAAAAGUGGAAUACCAGUUAUUUUGUCUUUGCCUGAUAAGACACCUCAUUCUAACGAACCUGAUGAAAACUCUACGAGAGAUGUAAUUAAAAAAUUAGCCACAGGCGACAAUGCACCAAUGAACAGAAUAUACAAGCCUGAAUUUGUAAUGUUAGCACCUCCACUGUUAAAUGCACAAGAUGAGCCAACUUGGUUAAAUCCAACCACUCCAAAGGAACAUUUGGUUUGUUACGAUACUGCAAUGUGCCUGCCAGAUAUUGCCAGCUAUGAGGCCAGGCAAUUGAUGAACAAAGCUGCGAAAACUGCGCUGUCCAUACCACAACAGCAACAAUUACUUGGCGAAUUGGAAAAAGAACCUAAACUGGUUUAUCAUGUUGGAUUGACGCCUUCUAAGCUUCCAGAUUUGGUUGAAAACAAUCCAUUGAUUGCAAUUGAAAUUCUAUUAAAACUGAUGCAAUCUAAACAAAUAACCGAGUAUUUUAAAGUUUUGGUUAAUAUGGAGAUGUCUUUACAUAGUAUGGAGGUUGUUAAUAGAUUAACUACCUCAGUUGACUUGCCAACAGCUUUUGUCCACCUCUACAUUUCAAAUUGUAUCAACACCUGUGAAACAAUCAAAGACAAGUAUAUGCAAAAUAGACUAGUGAGGCUAGUGUGCGUUUUUUUGCAGUCUUUAAUCAGGAAUAAAAUUAUAAAUGUACAAGAGUUAUUUAUUGAAGUUCAGGCGUUCUGUAUUGAAUUUAGCAGAAUCCGAGAGGCGGCAGCCCUGUUUCGCUUGCUCAAACAACUGGAGAAUGGAGAGUUGGGUGCCUUAUGAUCACCCAAUUUGAUUUUUUUUUUGUAUAAAAUGUAACUGUCAAUAAUUAUAGAUGGUUUAUAGUUUCAUCAAACAACUUCAAAUAAAGCUUAAAGGUAAAACGUUUGGGCCACUGGCAAAGAAGAGUGAAAACUGGUAUAAAAUUCAAAAAGAAAAAUCGAAAUUCCUCCACCAACUAAUUUGUGAAAAUAUUCUACCCUCCUAAAACAAACCACAAAAGUAUCAAUCAUGAAGUCCCGUAUUUUCCAUUUUCAAAUACACCUUUCUUGAAGAAAGGAGAGAAAUUUAUUAAAGCAGUUUUCGUGAUUGGACCUCCAUAGGCCAACGGACAACUUGGCAAAGUUUUACAACUGUCUAUCAACCUUCUAAGAUAGAAUUCGAGUUGUUUCCUUCUAGAUUCUGCCACAGAUUCUGUAUUGGCAAAUAGGGUUUUAGACGGGAAUGGUAUAGAACCAACCUGAAAAGAGUUAUUUUAGUUGAUAAUUAUGGGUUUAUUAUAAUAAUUGCUUACCUUAUCUUUAUAGCGGGCUUUCAUAGCAAUGUGCAAAUCUCUAAAUCUGCUGUAUCGUCUUAAUAUUGUCCAUCUGUCGUCUAUGGUACUUAUUCUUACCUCAUAUUCGUAAUGUGUUUUGGUGCCAGCACCUCUUAGGCAAUAACUGGUUAUGCUGAUUAUAGAGUCACAAUCAGAUUCUGAAAAAAAAGAAUUUUGAUGUUUAAUUGAUGUGAAUUUUUAGUAUUUUUUGCUCCAAAGACUCAAAAGUAGUUUUAGAAAAUUUUCUGUCUUUGGCUUUUGUGGUUUUUGAGUAAAUAAUUGAGAUAUGGAGGAUUGUCAUGCUUUGCCUCAGGAAAAAAGUGAGUAUUUUUGAAUAUAUUGUAACUUUGUUGUUUUCCAGUCAAUCUCACUGAGUUUUCAGUCAAAAACUUCAAAAUCUCAUAAACUAUCUCUGCCAUUAGCUUUUAGAAUAUUUUUGGAAAUUUCAAUUAUUAUUACUGUUGUAUCAAUUAUUAUGCAACAAUGCCAAUUCUUACCAGUUGCUAUAGAAGGCAUCGACCUGUACAAGUACUGGUUAUAAAGAGGAAUUCUGUUGUGGGCCUAAAAAAUAAAUCAAGUUUAUCAAUGGAAAUUUUUGUAUAAGUUCUUACUUGAAUAGGUGAGUAUAAGGCACUAGUAGAACCGGUAUGUAAGGGCUUAAUGGGACUGGGACUAUCCAUGUUUUGCAAGGGAUGCUCCAAGGCUGGAGAUAAAAUUGAGCUACAACCGUAUUUCAUUGCCAUGUAAUGUUUUUGUAGUUCUUGAAGGUUCUAGAAAGAAAAAAAUGUAAUUUUUAUAGACUAUAAUCGAUUGAGUUACCGCUAUUUGUUUGUCCAAAUUCUCUUUGGGCAUAUGGUUAUCCAAAUUCCUAACUAUUGCAUGUUUUUGUUGAGUGAUUCUGUGCAACAUACGCCUUAAGGCCUCAGCAUCUCGGCGCCUGUAUUUUUUACUUACUGGCGAGUGAUUUUCAAUUGAACUAGAAGACUGGGAGUCACUGACAAAGCCCUAAAAUAGAAACAAUAAUAAAUAGUUAAACAAAUUAAGGUUUUGUACUUCAUUGCUAGACAAAUCAUCGUAAAAGCUUUCUUCUUGAUGGUUUUUGAUUGGUUUCAGUUCUACGCCGCUGUCACUCAUUAAAGGAUCUAAAAAAGGGGCUGUGGGUGAACCGCAACUGUUGGGGGCUGUAUGGUAAGUGUCGCUGCUUAAAGUAGUUACGUUAUCAGGGCUUGAAAGUGGUUCAACUGAGUUGAUUUUUUUUAGAUUUAGGGUCAAUCUGAAAUUAAUGAUUUUAGGCUUUAUAUUUUACAUACGCACAGUAAAUUGAAAACCUACUCUAGUUUUCUCUGUUCAAUACUUUGCAAUUCCUGCUCGCUCCUUUUUGCCAAUUCGUCUUUCAACGAUUGUAAAUCGUUUGCUGACGUGCUACUGUCAAAACUACUUUUUGAGCUAUUUAAGGUUUCUUGAUUAUUAACUAAUCCUAUAAGUUUUUGGUCAAUUUCUUCAACACUUUUUUGUCUCUCGCAUAAGGUUUGUACUCUGCGAUUUAGCUCAGCUUGUAGUUCAGCUAAUUCUUUUCU